AUGACGCUUCAAAAGUCAAAAACCCGGGCAACAGCCAGCCGCGGCCCCCUGAAGAUGCGUGUAUUGCUCGCUGCUGCCGCAGCGGCAUCAUGCGUGGAAGUUUCCGCUUUGAACCCUCUCCAGAUGAUGAAAACCGGAUAUAUCGCGGAUGAGUUCAAAUUGGCCUUCGACGCACUCCCCACUACCGAGCAGCUGGUGAAAAAUGCCGUGGAAAUGGAACAGCUCGAUGAAGCAGUUGCGCGGGAGGUUAAAAGGAAGCCUGUGCAUCUGUGUGAAGGACCGUCGUAUAAACGGAACUACACCCAUGCGUGUCCAGCCGCAUGGGAGGAGCUACAAAACGGCCAAUGCUGGGGAAGGCGAUACCGCGGACCAUGCGAAGCUCUUCAUUUUUUGAGGCACUUCAGUGAGCAGCAGAAGAAGCGGUUUGUGGAACCAGUUACCGGUGACAUCAUUCGUCCGAAGAGCUAG